AUGCCUAUUGCCAGUGAGAGCACCACCACGACGGCAACCAUGACAACAUUCUCUGCCCCAGUCACCGCACCCAGGACUCCUCAUAAUCAGGCUGCGUUGGCUGCAUCGUUUACGAAUUUUCUCACUGUCACCGUACACCAAAUCCUAUUCCUUCGAUCGGUCUACCCACGAGCGACCUUCCUCCCCGUCCGGGCAUAUAACUACCCUGUCCGACAAUCGCGUCACCCAAAAGUAUGUGACUACAUAAACGACGCGUCAAUUGCUGUUGGGACGGAGAUCUUAAAAGGCACAAUAACUGCUGUCAGUAUUAUUAUUUCAUCGCUUCGCACAAAUCAGCCCCUCGAACGAUAUGCGUUUGAUCUGUCGGGCUUCCCUCGCGUGCCGCCCAACGAGGUGCACACCACCUUUGAAGAUAGAGGAAGCGAUUCUUCCAAGGGCGUUCCUCCCACUUCUCAAACCGUCGACCUCGAAGCGCAGUUCCGCGCCUGUCUCGCAAGACUUGCAUCCGCCUGCGCCCGAUUGACACCAUUACCUCGUGAUGAUGAAUUCAGUUUCACCGUCUGCAUCGAAGUUCGCGAAGACGCAUUACCCCCCGCGGGGACUACAACAGAAGAACAGGCCUGGAUUGUGGCGGAACCAGGCAAAGUUCACCUCCGAUCAUGUUCGGCCCCAUAUUCCGUCUCUAAACUAAGAAACGGCGAGCCGCAACAACCGCCUCCAAGGGUGUCCAACGGUCGCGCCAAGACCGUGCCAGUUCGACGUGUGGAAGCCGGCGAACUCCGUCUAGAAUUAUGGGUGGAAGAGGCACGACAGAAAUUCAACGAACCACUGGAUUCGGAGCAUCCGCCAUGA